AUGGAAAAUCUCUUUUCUCUUGCUUAUCAUCAUAAACACGAUUCAAUUGUUUUAUCAACAUUUGCUUGUGAAGUCAAUAAUAAUCCUGUUGAUCAUAUUGUUCAACUCUUUAGUUCAGUCAUUGAACAAUAUGCUGGUUUCUUCAAAUCAAUCACUUUUGCCAUUCCUCAUUCUCAAACACUCUUUGAAACAUUUGAAAAACUUGAUGGAACAGUCAAUGCAACGAAACUCAUUCGAAAAUCAAAUACAAACUUUGGUCCAUAUCGAAUUAUAUCCGAAGAUGUUCGAGUAAAUGAUCUUAAUAUUUGUGAUUUGCCACCCUGUCAAUUCGGUGGUCGAUGUCAUGAACGAAACAAUCAAGUACAUACAGAACAUUUUUCACAUCCACCUUUAUGUCCCAAAGCGUGUCUUAAUGGUAAAUGUGAUGAAACAAAAGAUCUCGUUCAUUUAUAUUCAUUUAUUCAUCGAAUUCGAUGUCAAUAUGGUGGUGAAUGUCGACAAAUUGAUGAUGAAAAACAUUGUCAAAGUUAUGAUCAUCCAUCAUAUUGUUCGAAAGAAAGUUCUUGUGAGAAUAUGGAAGCAAUUCAUUUACGAGAAUAUCGUCAUUUACCACUUUGUCAAUAUUCUCAUAAUUGUAUGGAACUAAGAAAGAAAAAUGUACAUCAUAUGAAAUCUUUUCGUCAUUGUCCUCUUAUUUGUCCACGAAAGAAUAAUUGUGCUGAUUUUCAUGAUCGAAAACAUCUGUCUGAACUCCAACAUCCAUUUUCUCGUCCAUGUCCAUUUACACCAUAUAACUGUCGACUUCAUAAUGAACUUAUUCAAGCGUCUGAAAGUAACAAACCUUCACAAAUUGCUCAAACUCAUUGUCUUGAUUAUUCACAUGUUUGUCGAUUUGGUCGUCAUUGUCGUGAUCAGACUCCGUUACAUUUACAAAACUCAAUUCAUGUUGCUCGUGUGUUGUGUUCUGAUGGCGACGAAUGUACGAAGUUGAAUGAAGAAGAACAUCUGAAUUUAUUCACACAUCAGAAUAUUCUCGACAUUCGACUUGUUUGUCGACAUUCAAAUCAAUGUCAUGAUCGUCAUAAACUUGAACAUGUGAAGAAAUUUCGUCAUCAACUGACUUCGGAUGAGAAUGGUGUUGUUCAAUAUGUUGGUUUGAAUAAAACCAUCGAUUUUGUUCGAAAUCAUGCAGAAGCAGUGGAACGUGUGAAUGAAUAUGUUGAAAGUGAAGGUUGGGAAACGUUGCCAUUAGGAACGAUUCCUGAUGAUAUUCUCAGCUACAUUCGUCAUGUUCAACCUGUUCAUCGAUGUAAUCCAGUGAUAUUUGAAUCGAUCAUUCUUCAUGGUCAUGUCAUGAGUCGAUCAUAUAUGGAAAAAUUGAGGAUUCCAAAGUUUGUUGCUAAUUCUGUUUUACAACAUAGUCGAGUGCGACGAAUACCAAACUUAAGUACGGCAGAAGACAAAGCACGUGCGUAUGUUAUCGCAUUGGUGAAAGAUGAAUUUGAAAAGAAUGGAUUUCCACCGAAAGACACAACGACACCAGCAGCAGCUUCUAUUGCAACAGCGUUCCCAACUGUAACAACUUUGGCAAGUGAAAUAACGAUGAGUGAAAAUCGUGUUUCAGCAUUACUCGGAAAGAAUGACACAGAUGUGUUGAAACGAGUUGCCAUUGAAAUAGCUCAAGCGUCGAUCAAACUACAUGCAAAUCCACUUGGAAUUGGUUAUGAAGUAGAUAUGAAGUUAGGAACUGAUCGAACUAUUUUCAGUGUUCUCGGACCACAUCUGGGACAUUACUAUGGAGAUAUAGUUAUUGUGUUUAAACGGGAGAUUUUACAUCAUCCAGAUGCGGAAUUCACCAUCCAAGCAGGAACUUCAUUUCAUAGUGCAAAAGCUUUUAACUGGCGUCCAUGGUUGGGUGAUGUUUUAACAGAUGUGAACGAAAGAAUAAAACUAUUUCAUGCAUCGAAACUACAUGCAUCUGUUCCUGGUUAUGAUUAUGCUGCAGCUUUAGAAUUAAUGGCUAUUACCAGUUCAAUCUUAGACAAGAAAUCUAUGAACAUUAGUCUCCAAGAUAUUCUCACUCGAUGGAUUCAAGUUGACUCUCAUCAAACAGUCGAAGCUCAUUUACCUCAACUCAUACCAUUAGAUUAUAUUGAUCAUAUCUAUUUACCACAAAACAUCUAUGAUAUGCUCAAUGAAGCAACACAAAAAUCCAUGAAAGCAGUUUUUCGAAAUCGUGUAACGAUCACUUCACAUGAAGGAACAGAUAAACCUGGUUUUGGAUUUGGUCCAGUACCUGCAGAACCAGCACGAGUUGAAUAUCAGAAGUAUCUUACUCAAGAACUAAGCAGUAAAUUCAGGAAACAUAUCGACACUCCACUACCAAGAUCUAUUCAAGGAACAAUCAUUACAAUACCAUCGACACACUUCGAUCAACAUUAUGUUUUACCUUUGACAAUUUCUCAAGCUUAUCAACAAUAUUGUUCUGAUCAUUCACCACUAAGUGACAUAACAAUAUUCAUCUAUUGGCAAGCAAUGAGAGGAGAUAUGAUGUUAACAUUAGCGAAUGAACAGAUCAAUCUACAAACAACACAAACAAAUCUGAGUUGUUUAGUUUGUUAUGUUGCUGAAAUACCUGAAGUGGAAACCAACAAUUAUCAUGAACAUCAUUCAUAUCUGAAUAAUGACAAACCAUUUUCACAUGAUCUUCUCGCGAAAAAUCAUAAAUAUGCAGCUGGUUCAGAUAAUUUCUAUGUUGGAUGUAACACUGGUGAUUUUCUCACGUUUUGUCUUCAACUUCAUCUUUCAACAGGAAAAGUGACAUUGUCACAUGCAGGUGCCAAUUCGAUCUAUAAUCAUGACAAAAUUGUUCAUACAUUCAACAAAUCACAUCUGGAUCUAAGUGCUUUGGAAUAUGUUCAUGUGAGUGCUGGUGCACAUACAGUGCCAAUUCGAAAUGUAAUGAUUUGUUUUGAAAAACAACAUGAACUACAUCCAACAUAUGAUAUGGAAUUCAGUUCAAGUUCAGAAUUAGUUGAUGGUAGUCUUUCUUCAAUAUCAUCUCUCAGUUCUCUGAUUCCAUGUGGAGACAAUGUGAAUUGUCUUCUUCAAUUGUCACUUAGUGAAAAGGAGCACAAUUCGAAGUUUUCUCAUCCAUGUCGAUUUUCUGAACUGUGUCGAAAUCGUGAACCAAACUUAACACACGAACCGCAUCGAGUACCAACGUGUCAAUAUGAUGAAAAGUGUAAAGAUCUCGCUGACCCGUUCCAUCGAGCGAGCUAUCGUCAUACAGGUUAUCCUGAUUAUCUUUUACCUUGCCGUCAUCAACAGAAAUGUGAAGAUACAUCAGAUAAGCAUCGAAUAAAGUAUUCUCAUGGAGAACAAGUUUUUGUAACCAAAGAAGCAUCAGUGUCGCACGAAUCCAGUGAUAGUUGUGAUGAUGAAGAUCUAAUUCCUUGCAAAUGGGGCACUAAAUGUCGAGAUAUCGGAGAUGAGCGGCAUUGUUCAAAAUAUUCUCAUCCUGCUGUACACAAACAUGCUGAUCACCAAAUUCCUUGCAAAUGGGGCAGUAACUGUCGAGACAUGAACGAUGUACAACAUUGUAAAAAAUACUCCCAUCCUGAUCCAGCGUCAUCCGACGAAGAUAGUGUAGCAUCAACGAUUGACACUGACACUGAUUGA